GAAAGAAAACGGUGAUGACGCCAGCGCGCACGGGCUGCUGGAAACGAGAGAUGCUCUGGUCACGCUGCUUAAACGGAGAAGCCAAGCACCUGUGAACAACCAGCCAGCUCCACAUCCAAAGGAAGCUUUGAUUACGCGCGCGUCCUCCCCCAAUGGACCACAUCAGAGAGGAGCUGUGCGCUCUGAGCUCCAUCUCUUCUCCUGCGUUUUCCCCUGCGCCUCGCAUCCAAUCCUGACCCAUCUGCAGCUCGGUGAACUUUAAAAAACGCAAGGAUUUGAUCAGUGCCAAAAAGUGAGAAGAUGUCCACGGCGUACAGCAGCUCCCCGGCGCCUAACCAGAGCUACCUCUCCACAAGCAGCUAUGACACGCCGGAGCCCACGGGGAUGGAGAGGCAGAGUCGCAUGCUGCUGCUCUUCGGUUUGUGCGUAACUAUCGCCGCUGCCACUUUGGUCGGAGGGGUGUAUUCGCUGCUGACUCUGCUCCGGAUGAGGAAAAAGACCUCCCUGUGCGUCAUUGUCGCGUCCAUGUCCGUGGACGACCUGCUGAGCGUGGUGCCCCUCUCCCUGUUCCUGCUCCUGCAGUGGGAGAGCGGGGCAGAGGAAGGGUCCGGCAGCCUCUGCACUUUGUCCGGACUUCUCUACGUGUUCCAGGGGGUUUCCAGUAACAUGAAGGCUUGCCUCAUCGCAGCCCACACUUUUUAUGUGACCAAGAGGUUCGGAGUUCUUCAGUCCGUGCGCCGGCCGCUCCGGGUGAUGUGGGCGGUCGCCGGGGUGUGGGCGCUCAGCCUGACCGUCAGCGUGCUGCCUCUGUGCGGAUGGGGCAGCUUUACGCCGGCUCCUCUUGGGUGUUUCCCGGGGAGUGACAGUUUCUACACCCUCCUGCUCUUCUCGGUGUAUGUCUUGUGCUUCGGCGGCUUGCUGUUCUUCUUCAUCCCGCUCACGUACCAGCUGCUGUGCUCCACGGAGCCCCAGAGGACCUUGCUGUAUCCCAGCUACCUGGACAUGGCGAGGGGGCUGAGCGGCUCCGCUCCCCUCUGCGACCUGCAGACAUUCCCCCGCGACAGCUUCGACAAAAGUUUCGGAGCCUACAGCGAGCUGAGCCCCAGUUCGUGCGGGACAGAGGUCAGGGGGAAGGGGGACAGCGGCGGGCUGUCCCCGGGCUCCGUGGGUGGACAGAGCGCAGCCGCUGUCGGGGAUACCCCGGUGGUUUUUGCGCAAAAGCGCUUCUCAAUGAUUCUGGCGCUUGUUCGGGUGGUUUUAUGGAUGCCUAUGAUGACUUUGGUGCUCAUGCGCCACGCUGUAAACGCACGCAGCUCUUCCCUGGAGACUUUGAGCUUUUUUCUCACUCUACUGGCCCCUGCGGUCACUCCGCUGUUUGUGCUCUCCGAGCGCUGGAUCCACAUGCCGUGUGGCUGCUUCAUCAACUGCAAGCGGGACUCAAGGCAGCAACCCUCAGCGAUGAAAAGAAGACUGGAGUUCAACUUAUCCUUCCAACAAGGUUACGGAGUGUACAAGCUGUCGCAUGCCACCAAGUGUCAUGGCAGCCCUCUCAUGGAUAAGCCUGCUUAUCACAGCCUGUUUAACUGUGACUUCACUAACACCCGCCUCGAUGCUCUAGAGAACAGCGGGCUCUCCAAACUUGGCCCCGAUUUUGAUUUCAGCGCCGCGCGUCGAGUGGACAGCUCUUCACACGCAGGCCUCCUUUUGGAGGCGGUGGCAGGUGAAGGGGAGGCGCUGGUUAACAGUCCUCCUCAUCCUCACGAGAACCACAAGGAUAUCAAUGAACUUCGCUGUGUCCUUUCACUGCCUUCUAAUCAGAAGGACCAUCAUCUCACCGACACCUCAUCAGUGUUUGACGCGCCGGAGAGGAGGCUGUCGCACGAGGAGUGUCGGAAAAUCGAGCUGACAGACUGGGAGUGGUGCAGGAGUAAAUCAGAGAGGACACCCAGACAGCGAUCAUCAGGAGGGCUGUCCAUCCCUCUAUGUGCCUUUCAGGGAACUGUGUCUCUGCAAGCUCCUACAGGCAAAACGCUCUCUCUGUCCACCUACGAGGUCAGCAGCGAUGGUCUCAAAAUCUCCCCAAACAACGCCAAGAAGGUUGAAGUAUAUCGCUCCAAGUCUGUUGGCCAUGAACCCAGUGCAGACGACGCUGCGCCUGGAGGCCAGGCCGCAGAUGUGAACGUCAGCUGCGUGGGCAUGGAGAUGGGGAUAGGGGCUGGGGUCGGCGACACCAACGUCAAGAUCCACCUGGAAGUCCUGGAAAUCUGUGACAACGAAGAAGCCAUGGACAGCGUCUCUAUCAUUUCCAACAUCAGCCAGUCGUCCACCCACGCCCGCUCCCCGUCGCUGCGCUACUCCAGGAGGGAGAACCGCUUCGUCUCCUGCGACCUGGGCGAGACGGCGUCCUACUCCCUGCUCAUCCCCAGCGCCGGCAGCACAGAGGCAGAGACCAUCAAUAUCAGCAUACCUGACACUGUGGAAGCCCACCGGCAGAACAGCCAGCGGCAGACGCUGGAGAGCUCAGGGUAUCAUGAGGAUAUACAGUUGCUUAAUGAGGCUUACAGAAAGCAGGCAGGGGAGGGGGAAGAGUGACUUACGCACAUUAAAAGGGGCGGGUGCUCUCUGGAGGACGUUGACAGAGCCUCCCAGACAAUAUCAUUUGAGAGAAAAAUCUCCUACUUACUCCACUUCUACUUCUCUCCCAUCACCGCUGUAAUCGAGCUGACAGGUGACCCGAAUAGCGGCUCAUCUGACGACUGUUGUAAUAGUCUGUUUGCACUCCCUUUUCAGGAAACACGAUGAGAGUGCACGCACCGUGCACACACACAGAGAGAGAGAGAGAACAGAUGCCACAAAACUGGGUUAGAGUACAAAGAGAAAAGGGCAGGAGUUCAUCAGUAUUCCAGUCAGGAAGUUUACCAUAUGGCUGCCUGUCAUCAUGGGAGAAAUACAGAACGAGAAAAAUUCACUUAGAUGCUAAAAAGGAGGGGCAGAGGCCUGAUCACAUCUCUGAUAUGGAAGAGAGCUCCUGUGGCGCACGUCACCAGUGACGUUUACCGCAGGCGCUGUGGCGGGGAGGGGUCUCCUGACCUGUGUGUGAGUGACUCAUUCAAGUGUGUGUUGUGCAUGAGGAUGAGAGGAUCUGCCGUGAAGCCUGUCAGCCGCUACAAGUGUUUAGUAGAAAUAAAAAAAAUGUGUUGAUGGGAAAAGUCUGAAGAGAAACCUGACAGGCGACUGCAGGAAGGAGAUUCUCACGAAGAUUCUCCAACACGCUCAGUGCAAUUCAAAUGAGUGCAUAUUUGAUUUAGGCAAGCAGCACAUGAAUGUAUAUUACAGAGCCACUUUGGGGGUCAUUCUCUGCUCGUUCAAUGCAGUUUUCAUGCAAUCAGUGAGUCACCAGAACCUCCUGCUUUCUGUGGACACAUUCCUCUUAUAGUGUUUUUGGCCAUUCUAAAGCAAGGAAGCAUUAUGACGGAAACUUUCUCUUAGAUUAUGUCUAUUUAUGUACACAAAAAGCAUUUAAAUGAUACUCUAGGCUAAUUUACACAUGAAUUUUAGUUUGUUCUGUGAUAGUUAGCGUCUUUUUGUGUUUUCUGUGUGGAAUUAUUAUAAUUUAGCAACAUUUUUAAUUGUCCUGCCGUGAUUUGACUUCAUUAGCUGCAUAUUUAAACCAGUAAAUUGCCUCCAACACUGUUGAAAUAAAUUCAUAUUUUAAGUGUUCCACGACCUAGCGUAAGGAAAAAAAAAAUGUAAAGGUAGAUGAUUAAAUGAUAAAUGAAGAGAUGUAUUCAGUGUUGACCUGUGUCACCUGGUAAAUUUUUGCCAAAGGUUGUUACGUAGAUGAGUAAUAUGUCAUCUCUGCAGGCAAACGGAGAGCAACGCUUCCACUAUCUGUUUGUUUCCUUUUUGUGUUUAUCAGAACUGCAGCACAGAUUCUGGUCAAGAAUUCCCAUAAAAACCAAGUCACUGUUA